AUGAAAAGUUUGGUUUACGGAGCGUUGAACUGCGUUGUUAUUUUGUACAGAGUCCACACCUGGGAUGAGGCUAGCGUUCGGGCAGGCAGGCUUGCUCUAGUCAAUAUGGCCGUCUUGUUCAUGACGCCACAGCUGGGUCUCCUGGCAGACAUCCUUGGAAUCUCUCUGCAGUCUUGCCGAUGGAUACAUCGAGCAGCUGGAUGGAUGACCUGGAUUCUAGCGAUAACGCAUGUAUUAAGUAUCCAAAAAAACGUUGACCCUCAGCAAAAAGAGAUCCUUUUUGGGAUCAUUGGAAUUGUCUCGCUAGCAACGAUUAUGAUACUUACUUUUCCGACCUUCCGCAAACGGAUCUACGAACCAUUUUUGAGAAUCCACCAAGCCCUCACAAUUCUAUGCUUGUACGCCAUCUGGCGACAUUUGCCGUCAGCAUCUAUCCUUCCACGAUUGUAUCUCUACAUUCCUUUGUCUUUUCUCGGAUUGAGCACUCUUUACCAGGCCGGAAAAUUUCUAUACCAGAACAGCUUCCUCUCAUCCCGGCCAAAGCCUCGUGCAACAAUUACCUGUACACCAAUUCAGCCACCAAUCGCUAAAAACAAGCAAGACUCGGGAAAGGGACUGGGAAAGGAUGUUGGGCGCAUCAUAAAGAUUCGCGUUAAUCUAGGAAGGCCGCUUGAGAUCAGUGCCGGCCAGUGCAUUCACUUGUGGAUGCCGUCGGUGAGCCUCUGUUCUUGGAUGCAAUCGCACCCAUUUGUGGUUACUUCUUGGUCACCAGCGAAGCAGACCACACUGGAAUUAUUUGUCCAAGUCCGUCGAGGCUUCACUGCAACUUUGCACCAACGUGCCUCUGCCAGUGGAUCCGCUUCGUUCUGUGCGUUUGUGAUGGGUCCGUUUGGGGUCAGCCAUUCCUUGAGUCAGUAUGAGACCGUCGUUGCCGUGGCCAGCAAUGCUGGUAUUGCCGGCGUGGUUCCCUAUCUCAAACAGCUUCUCUAUAGCUACAAUACAUUGACGGGUCAGAUCCGCCGUCUGCAUCUAGUGUGGGAAGUUGACACUCUAGAUAUGGUUGUUGAAGCGCAGCCUCUACUCAAUGAUCUUCUCAAAGACGACAGUCUUGCCAACGGCUAUAUAUUUGAAGUAUCGAUCUAUACCGAAUCAGCCCACGACGACGGAGAAUCCUUCGGGGAACACAAUCGUGCUUUCCGAUACCAUGGGAAGCCUGAUUACAACAAAAUUAUAUCCACCGAAGUGGCAGAUGACUAUAUAGAGAGGGUUCCUAGCACUCCGGAACAGACUGGGGAGAUUCUGAUACUGACUUCCGUCUCAAACAGAUUGAGGGAUCAUUUAAAAUCUGUUGUUCGUGGGUACCUUGGUAGGAAAGUUACUAUGCAGGAAGUGGACUAUGAGCCGUCUGAGGUUAUCGCACAGUGA